AUGCUUGAUGCAUCGACGGCAUGCGACGCUUUUGACGUCAAGGCCGACGAUGGUGCGGACGGCAAAAUCAACAUCAACAUCAGCGGCAACGAAUAUGUCGACAGCAAAAUCCAUAGCAGAAACGGCGAUAUCAACAGCAACUUCAAUGGCGGCGACGGAAAUAUCAACAGCAACAUAAAUCGCGGAGACGGCGAUAUCAACAUCAACAGCAACAUCGACGGUGGCGACGGCAGCAACCUCAGCAGCCGGAACGAGCCAGAUUCAGACCUGGAGACAGCCAGCUCUGGGUUCAUCUCAACCUCGAUGCCUACCUCAACGCCGGCCCUCCUGUCAUCCUCCACACCCACAUUUACGGGCGUCCCAAGCCCAACACCUUCCCCCAGAGGCGGCUUGUCGACAUCCAACGCCGUCACUCUUAGAUUUUGGCUGCCCGCCACACUCGCCGGCGUCAUCGCUACUUGGAUCACGCCGAAGGCGUGGUGGCGGUGCAGGCAGCGCGCUGGUGCUGGCACGGUCUUGAUAUUCGGUGAUGACGGCCACGGGGAUGACAAGGAGACUGGGAGUCUGAGGCCGUGGGGAAGCGCCAAAUCCCUGUCGGGAAGGAAAAAGACAGUGGCCUAG